GCUCGAACCACUCGAAGUGCCAGUGCUCGUGCCGUAAUGCUUUGGCCUAUGCAGACACGACCUGACAUGUUCUCCCCGCAGACGAAGCAGAAAAAUCUGGAGUGUGCCCCGGGGCGACGGAUGGGUUUAGCCUAGUCGGUUUUCUUGGAGAAGAACUCUACCGGCACGAGCCUGACAUGCAUAUAAAGUAGGCCUUUGUGAUACAUCUCCCGUCUUCAUCGCCUGGCGAACUUUCCCUCGAGAAGUUGUCUCGAAUCCAGGUGUCUCACCCUGAUUCAGUUGUUGCUCAUUGGCUUCACACCUUGACUCACCCCGGACAUUCGCGCCCUUUGCAAACUCUAUAAGCACCUUCUGCUCCCAAGCUAGACCCUCGAGUUUAGAUCGGCGCAUCAUUCGUCAUCUCAAUCUCUUCGUCCCGUACGCUGGCAGGUUUUGGACUCGACAAUCCUCACGCCAUGGGUCAAUCAGGAGCUGAAAUUGAAACCAAAGACGAGCAGCAGUACAUCGAGGAGCUAAGCGCCAAUUCCAAGCAAUUUGCGGAGGAGGAGAAGAAACUGGUCAGGAAGAUUGACUUGUACCUGCUGCCGACAAUAUGGAUCAUGUAUCUUCUGUCGUACAUGGACCGCACCAACAUUGGCAAUGCCAAAAUUGCCGGCAUGGCCGAUGAAAUGCAUCUGACCUCAGGCGAAUAUUCGAUUGCUCUCAUCGUCUUCUUUAUCACAUAUGUCGUUUUCGAAGUUCCUUCCAAUCUUAUCCUAACAAGGACACGACCCAGCGUCUUCCUGCCCGUGAUUAUGUUCCUCUGGGGAGCAGUUACUUGCUGCAUGGCUGCAGCUAAGACCUAUCACCACUUGAUAGUCCUCAGACUCAUCGUCGGCAUUCUUGAAGCUGGUUUUGCUCCCGGUAUCUUGCUGAUCCUCUCCUCUUGGUAUAAGAAGAACGAGCAGUCGAAGCGCUUUGCGGUAUACAUUUCUGCCGCCGUUUUGUCUGGCGCGUUUGGUGGUCUGCUUGCUGGAGCCAUCACUGGUGGACUUGAUGGAGCACACGGAAUUGCUGGUUGGCGAUGGCUUUUCAUUGUCGAAGGUGUCGCUACUUCGGGAUGGGCCAUCAUUGCGAGCUUCAUUCUUCUAGAUUUUCCUUCCACUACGAAGAAAUUCUCUGCUCGGGAACGUGCCUUGGCCAUUGCUCGACUGGCAGCAGAUAAUGUUCAGACACGCACAGAGGACACUGCGAGUCUGACAUCUAUCCAGGCGCUCGUCAAGGCUCUCAGUGACUGGCGAACCUGGAUCAUGGUGGCCGGAUACAUGGUGAUUGUGGGCUCCUCAACCCUCAGUUAUUUCUACCCCACUCUAGUCAAGGGCCUUGGCUACACUGCACACAUGGCUCAGUACAUGGUGGUUCCAAUCUAUGCCGUGGCAUUUGUUGCUGUGGCAUGCACUGGCUUUUUCAUGGACAAAUUCCCACAUAUGCGCGGUCUAGUCAUUGCAAGCUGGCUCACUAUUGCUAUGAUCUGCAGCUUGGUCGUCUGUCUGGUCUACAACUUCACUGCUCGCUACGUCCUCCUCAUUUUCAUGGCGGCUGGUCUCUGGGCAUCCAACGGUUUGGCCCUGUCAUACGCUGCUUCAACGUUCGGCUCUAUGCAGCAAGAAGUGCGAGCAGUAGCUCUCGCCUUGGUCAACGCACUCGGAAAUCUUGCUCAAAUUUACGGUGCUUACCUCUUCCCAUCGUCUGACGCGCCCAAGUAUCUCAAAGGCUUUGGCGUAAUCACAGGGAUGUGCUUCUUUGGUAUCUGCGUCUACAUUACGGCACAUAUUAUGGUACGAAAGUUCCCGAAUAAGCGUGCUGUUGUCGGACCUGACGGUGUCGGUGUGUGAAUAAUCCAAAGGCGAAGUCAGGAUAUUGUAAAUAUCAAGUCGUGUUACAUGUGUAAUGAAUCACCUGUAGAUCUAUGAAUUUUCACAUUUCUUAGCAUAAGUCUCAUGAUCAAAUGGUCAAACAUGUUUUCAAC